CAACGUAAAAUCGAAACAUUGAAGCUAUUUAGACCAUUUUUGUGUGUAUUGAUCUCGGUGUCGUUUGCUUGUUAAAAUUGACACGUUUGUUAAGGUUGAUUAUACUGAGCCUAGGCACUAGGCUAAUGCUAAUUUUAGGUAGCCCAACCAUGAACUCACAAAUAUACUCCCAUCCUGCUAAAGAAGAGGGGGUCUCCUGGACGGAGAAAGAAGCUCUGGGUCUGAACAUUGUCGUAAAAGAAGAGGAAGAGGAGAAUAUUACACUGAAAGAAGAGGAAGAAGCUUUCAGAAUAAAACAGGAGGAAGAGGAGGCUAUCACGUUGAAAGAAGAGGAUGUUAUAGUGAAAGAAGAGAAAGAACCUUUUGGAGUGAAAGAGGAAGAUGAGGCUAUCUCAAUAAAAGAGAAGGAGGAAGAUGUUUUGGGAGUGAAAAGGGAGGAGGUUGAAGCAGAGGAAGUGGAGGCUGGAGAUCUGAUUGACACUAGAGAGAAACCAGACUCUCACUCUGACAGCGGGAAGAGUCCUUCAGGGGAACCAGACCCAGUGACGCCCAAACCAGCAAGAAAACAUCACUGUUCCCACUGUGGAAAGAGUUUUACCUGGUUAGGGUACCUAAAACGGCAUGAGAGGACACACACAGGAGAAAAGCCUUUCCAAUGUUCUCAGUGUGGAAAGAGUUUUACCGUGUUAGUUAACCUGAAAAGGCAUGAGAGAAUACACACUGGAGAAAAGCCUUACCAAUGUUCCCAAUGUGGAAAGAGUUUUACUCAGUUAGGGAACCUAAAACAGCAUGAGUGGACACACACAGAAGAAAAGCCUUACCACUGCUUCCAAUGUGAAAAUAGAUUUUCACGAUCAGUGGACCUAAAAGCUCAUGAGAGAACACACACAGGAGAAAAGCCUUUCCAAUGUUCCCAGUGUGGAAAGAGUUUUACCGUGGUAGCUAACCUGAAAAGGCAUGAGAGAAUACACACUGGAGAAAAGCCAUUCCAAUGUUCCCAUUGUGGAAAGAGUUUUACUCAGUUAGGGCACUUAAAAAAGCACAAGUGGACACAUACAGGAGAAAAGCCUUAUCACUGUUCCCACUGUGGAAAGAGAUUUUCACGAUCAGGGGACCUAAAAACUCACGAGACAACACACAUAGGAGAAAAACCUUUCCACUGUUCCCAAUGUGGAAAGAGUUAUGUUAAGUCACAGUACCUAAAAGAGCAUAAGAGAAUACACACACAGGGGAAAAGCCUUACCCAAUGUUCUUAGUGUGGUGACGGGAUCUCUCAAAUAGAUGCUAUGAAGAUAGUUGAGAACAAAGCCUUAUGUCCCUACAGUGGAGAGCGUUUUACCAUGUUAGUUAACCUGAAAAUACAUGAAAGAAUACGCUCUGGAGAAAAGCCUUUCCACUGCUCCUAAUAUGAAAAUACUUUUGCCAGGUUAGGGAGUCUGAAGUCACAUGAGUGGACUCAGAGAAGAGGAGCACUACUACUGGUCCUGCUGUGGAACAUGUUUUAACCAGUCAGAGAAGAGGAGCACUACUACUGGUCCUGCUGUGGAACAUGUUUUAACCAGUCAGAGAAGAGAAGCACUACCACUGGUCCCGCUGUGGAACAUGUUUUAACCAGUCAGAGAAGAGGAGCACUACUACUGGUCCCGCUGUGGAACAUGUUUUAACCAGUUAGAGAAGAGGAGCACUACCACUGGUCCCCCUGUGGAACAUGUUUUAACCAGUCAGAGAAGAGAAGCACUACCACUGGUCCCGCUGUGGAACAUGUUUUAACCAGUCAGAGAAGAGGAGCACUACUACUGGUCCCGCUGUGGAACAUGUUUUAACCAGUUAGAGAAGAGGAGCACUACCACUGGUCCCGCUGUGGAACAUGUUUUAACCAGUCAGAGAAGAGGAGCACUACCACUGGUCCCGCUGUGGAACAUGUUUUAACCAGUCAGAGAAGAGGAGCACUACCACUGGUCCCGCUGUGGAACAUGUUUUAACCAGUCAGAGAAGAGGAGCACUACCACUGGUCCCGCUGUGGAACAUGUUUUAACCAGUCAGAGAAGAGGAGCACUACCACUGGUCCCCCUGUGGAACAUGUUUUAACCAGUCAGAGAAGAUGAAAUCACACGAGAGAAGAGUCUGUGUUCUGUUUUUUGACUGAGAAUUUGGGUUUUUGUUUAUGCCACCUGAAAUCAAAUAGUUUAUAUGAAAUCUUCCUUAAAGAAAGAAAUAGGCCUACUUUAGUUUUUUUCCCUCUUGAGACAUUAAAAAAUAGCUCAAAGUCUGGCUAGGUUGGGUGGGAGGUAACCCAAUGGGUAUGUCUGGGUAGAAUGGUGGGAGGUAACCCAAUGGGUAUGUCUGGGUAGAAUGGUGGGAGGUAACCCAAUGGGUAUGUCUGGGUAGAAUGGUGGGAGGUAGCCCAAUGGGUAUGUCUGGGUAGAAUGUUGGGAGGUAACCCAAUGGGUAUGUCUGGGUAGAAUGGUGGGAGGUAACCCAAUGGGUAUGUCUGGGUAGAAUGUUGGGAGGUAACCCAAUGGGUAUGUCUGGGUAGAAUGGUGGGAGGUAACCCAAUGGGUAUGUCUGGGUAGAAUGGUGGGAGGUAGCCCAAUGGGUAUGUUUGGGUGAGAGGUAACACAAUGGGUUUGUCUGGGUAAACAAUAUGACCUGGUGUAUAGAACAGGAUUACACAGUUCCCAUUAGUUACUGGUGACAUGACGUUGGCCUGGGGGUAGGUUUAUGACAGUCAUAAAUACCUCUUCCCCCCUUUUUCCUCUCCCUACCCUACUGAUGUGAAAUUUGAA